AUGCAAUCAUCAAAAUACAAACUAUUAGAGACAGGGUUUUGGAAUGAAAUACCAUCAAAGAUGAAAAUGGAGCCUAUAAAAUCCCAAGAAACUAAUGGAAUAAAACAAGGAAGUAGCGAGACAAUUCAUCCAAUAAUAGGAAAAGAUCAGUGGUCGAGUGGUAUGGGCUCUCUAAUCAAUUCAGAAGAAAAGGAAGGAAAUUCAGUCGACUCAAAUGGCCUAGAUGGUGGAGGAUUAGUAGUUGGGGCAGUGAUUGAGUCAGGUAAAAAUGAGGUUAUAGGAGGUUUGAGUUUGGAAUCUUCGGUAAUUUCAAUGAACAAUGGUUUUGGGGGAAAUAGCAAUGAACCAUUAAAAAGCUCGGACGAUAUAGGUAUAGGAUUAUCGCCAAAGAGGUCAAAGUGUAUGUUGAAUGACGAAUUGGAACUAGAAACAAUAACUAAUAACAAUGGAAUAGCUGCUGGCUCAGGCUCAGUAACAGGGAGUUCUUCACUAAAGUGGAAUACUGGAGAAACUGGGGGUAAUGGCAGUGUAAUGGGAACACCGUGUUCAGGUCAGGAUAGCAGCCAUAUAGUGACUCCACAACCUCCAAUAAACCAUUCUUAUAGACAAUUUGGAAGUAUAAAUUCUUCAACAAUAUCAACUACUCCAACUAGAAGUAUUCACCACAAUGCAGAUAUAGAUGUGGAUUUAGAUUUGGAUGUUGAGGUUGAUGUCGAGGAGGAGAUAGUCGAUGAUGAAGUUGAUUUGAACCAACAGGAUGAUCCAAGCGUUAAUUUAAACGGUGCUAGUGGAGGUUCUAGAGCUAACAGUGAAAGAGGAGGUGGGGGAGAAGGAGGAUCACUAUUUAGCGGAACCCAAAACGGUAUAUUCUUUAUAAAGAAGAACAAUGGUGCUAGCAGAAGUGGAGGAGUGAGUGGCCAACACCAUACCCAGGGAGUAAAUGGUGGCCAAUCAAAAACAAAUGGAUUAGUGAGCAUGAACCAGACAGGUGAUCAGUAUAAGAGCGGCUAUAAAGGUGUUUCUUGGAAUAAAAGGAUGCAGAGUUGGUUGGCAUUUUGGACAGAAGGUCAGAGACGCAGGAGUAAGACUUUUAACUCUAAGAUAUAUGGAUUUGACGUGGCUAGAAGCGAAGCAAUAGCAUUUUUGAAGGCAAAACAGAGUGAGUUACAGAGUAUUGGCCAGCUUCCGAGCAAAAAGUCAAUGCAAUAUAUUCGUUCAAAUAUGGAUGAUCUAUCAUCUUUGAAGAGUAUGAAUGGUAUAUAUUUAUCGAAUAUGAUUUCAGGAAGAAGUUUGGGGAUGGGAAGACACAAGUUUGGAGGUAUCUUGAAAUCCCAAGGAGGAGAUAUACUUUGUGAUUAUGAUGGCCAUGAAGGAACUUCUUUGGGUGGAAUCGGAGUGCCAGUUGGGAGUAGUAAUACGAAUGAAGGAUUAAUCUUGGGCAAUUUAGCUAGUGCAAACAUUACAAACAAUGGAAAUGCUAAUAGCAGUAAUUGCAAUGGCAGGGGAAGUAAUCAUAGCAAUAAUAGAAGUAAUAACGGUGUUGGAGGAAGUGAAAAUGGCAGCAGUAGUGGCUUGAACAUAAAAAAAGGAAGUGGUGGUAAUAAUUUAAUGGGGAUGAGUAGCGUUAAGAUGGGGGUAGUUAACAGUGAAGUAGCAGAUAUUGGUAGUUUGGGAAGUAUGAGCCAUAUUCAUCCCUUGAUAGGAAAUAAUGAUUUUAUGAGUUCAAUUGAAAAUAAAGCGUUGAUUAAUCAUAAAUCACUAUUUUCUUCAUAUGGUGGAGGUGAUUCAAGCAUUGUUGGUGGUAAUUUGGCAGAGAAGUUGGGACUAUCUAGAGUAGGUGGGAACGGAGGAGUAGGAAGUGGAAGUGGGUAUGUUGGGAUGAUAUAUGAUGAUACAGUAAAUGGAGCUGGUAUGGGUGGAUUUGGAAUAAUUGGAGGUACUACUGCAGCAGCAGCGGUUGCAGCUGUGGCUGCGGCUUCUACAGGUUCAUCCUCACUACCUACAUCUUUACCAACAACUUCGGCUCCAUCACAAUCUUCUUCAUCCUCAUCAGAAUCUCCACCAUCAGCUUCAUCUACAUCAACUUCAGCAUCAAUUUCGACUUCAACAUCAGGAUCAACAUUACCAUCAGUUUCUAAUUCAAAUUCUGCAUCUAAUGUUGCAUCAAAUACAAGCUCACCAGGGACUGGUACAAAUACAAGUUCAAGUUCAAAUUCAAAUUCAAAUUCAAAUUCAAGUUCCUCUUCAUUGCCUAUUAUAGGAACAGGAAGUAAUGUAACCGGCCAGUAUUACUCACUGUCUGACUUUAAGUCAGUAGGGCCUGCCUCAUCUAUUGGCUUUUAUAACUCUGUAACUAAUGGAAUGGGAGGAAACCAUGGAGUUGGCAUGGGAAUAAAUAACAGGAUUAUGACAGGGAUAUCACCUGGUGUAAUUCACCCAAAACCAACAAUGACUGCUGGCGUCCAGAUGGAAACUUAUGAGGAUGCUGGUGGACUAAACAAAAUAGCUCAGGGAUUAUUUGUCGGAGGAUCUAAUGUUAAUGGCAAUAAUAAUCCAGUUGGAGUCUUGGGUGGAGGGCAUAUUGGCUCAGUUCCUGGAGGAGUUUCGGUUGGAGUUAGUGGACUUGUUCACGGUGCAGGAGGCCAGGGAAUCAUGAAUUUGAGCGGAGGGGGAGGCUUAAUGGGGAAUGUUUUAAUGAUGAAUGGCGGUGGAACAAAUGGAGGCGCAGCAAAUGGGGGUGCAUUAAGUGGAGGUUCAGCAAAUGUAAAUGGAAUUGCAGGAGGUUUGGAGGCUAGUAAUGUAGUAUCACCAUCCACAGCGGCAACUUCUUUAUUACAAAUGGCAUUGAAUACAAUUAAUGAUAAUAGUAUUAAGAUGAAUAGCUACUUGAAUAAUAAUGGGAUACAGCAAGUAGUUGGGAAUUCAUCAUCACCAAUCGGAGGAGUAAGACCUGAGGAUCAGAAACUGAAAGCUAUAGGCAUAGAUGAAGCUAAGCAAAAUGGUUUGAACUCAUCUGGUAAUCAUGGGAAGGAUUUAGCUGGUUAUUCUGGAUCGGAAUUAAAUGCAGCAGCAAGCAAGGGUACUUUAAUGCUUUCUUCUAGUCCAAACCAAGUAUUUGAGGAUCAGAGUAAAACAAUAUUAGUUGCAGGAAUUCCUUCAUUGUCAUCUCCAACAUCAAAUUCUCUUCAUUCUUCAGUUUCUGUGGUUCCAGGGACUUCGGGAAUUCCAACACCUUCAACUGUGGCAACAUUGGUAACUCCACCCUCUCUAACGGCGUCUCAACACCAUCUGAAUUGCCAGCAACCAAAGCAAAAUAUCUUUCACCAUCAAAAUCAGCAACAAUCUUCUUUAACAUCGUCUUCAGUUACUUCUUCGUCACAAUCCCCAUCAUCUUCAACUUCAUCAUCAUCAUCAUCGUCAUCAUCAUCGUCAUCAUCAUCAUCAUCAUCAUCAUCAUCAUCAUCAUCAUCAUCAUCAUCACCAUCUUCUCCUAACGUUUCUACAUCAAUUAUGGGAGGAAGUAAUAAUGCUGUUGGGAGUGAAGGUUGGUCAGAUAUAUUUCAAUAUAACAAAUUGGUUAAUGAAGCAAUGAAUUACACAAUCAACAAUUUAAAUGUGGGAGGAAUACAUGUAAGCAAUGAUAAAUCAAUGAAUAAUAUAACUAGAGGAAUGAGUGGGAUGUCUUCUGAGAUUAAUAAUAUAGGGAAUUCAAAUCUUUUAAAUGCAGUAAGUAUAUUUGAUAAUAAUAUAAGGAGUGAAAAGGGGAUACCAAAUAAUGGUGGAGAAAAUUGA